UGCUGCUUUAAUCCUCCCCUCACCCCCAAUUCGGCUUUCGGACCGAGCGGGUGAUCAGCAGCCCCCAAUCUGGACGCCGCUCGCAAACGUGCAUCCUUUACGGGACCCCCGGCGUCUCUGCAGGCCGCAGACAAGCAUCGCGAGAGGGGGGCGGGACCGCCCGUGUGCCGGUUCCGUCGCGUGACGCGUCCCCCAGCUCGCAGAGCAGUACGAACCUGAGCUGGAAAGCGCGAGCCGGUAUGUCGGACUGCAGGAGGGAAUGGAACCGGGAGGAUGAGCUGCCGGUCUACUUCGCGGCACCCGUCGCCGCUGCGCCCAAGCAGCGCAAGAGCUACGGCAUGUUCGACGCGGUCGAGGGCGCCUUCGAGAGCAAGACCAUCGACUUCGACGGCUACGCGGUCGGGAGGAGAGGGGCCCGCACCCCGAGGAGCGCCAGCCGGGAGAGGCUGCUGGACGUCCGCGACGCCGCCGAGGCCCCGGAAACCCGCCCCGACCGACCACCGGGGAGUCCGCCGGUCCUCGCGGACCAUCCCCACGGGAAGGAAAACACACGCGCAAAGGUAACCAUCGAUCGAUUGGGUGACAGCCUGCUGAUCAAAGGGGGCCGAGUGGUCAACGACGAUCGGUCCUUUUACGCGGACGUCUACAUUGAAGAUGGGCUCAUUAAAGAGGUCGGGGAGAAUCUGCCGCUUCCAGAUGGCGUCAAAGUGAUCGAGGCCCAAGGCCGCAUGCUGAUCCCCGGCGGCAUCGACGUCAACACCCGCCUGAUGAAGCCUCAUCUGGGCGUACGUCCCGUUGACGACUUCCUCCGAGGCACCCGGGCGGCGCUCGCCGGAGGCACGACUAUGAUCAUUGACCACGUGACCCCCGCGGUUGGGGACAGCCUGCUGGAGGCUUUCGAAGUCUGGCAGGAGGCCGCAGACAAGCGGGCGUGCUGCGACUACUCCCUCCACGUCGACAUCCCCCAGUGGAACGACGCCGUUAAAGACGAGUUGGAGAUGCUGGUGCAGGACAAAGGCAUUAACUCCUUCCAGGUGUACAUGGCCUACAAGGACGUGUACCAGAUGACCGAUUCUCAGCUGUACGAGGCUUUCUCCUUCUUGAAACUGAUUGGCGCUGUGGUUUUGGUUCACGCUGAAAACGGAGAUUUGAUCGCUCAGGAACAAAGCAGAAUCCUCGGGAUGGGAAUCACUGGACCCGAAGGCCACCCUCUGAGUCGUCCUGAAGAGCUGGAGGCCGAGGCGGCGUUCCGUGCGAUCACCCUCGGCGACCGCGUGAACUGCCCCGUCUACAUCACCAAGGUGAUGAGCAGGAGCGCGGCCGACGCCAUCGCCCAGGCCCGCAGGAAAGGUUCCGUCGUCUUCGGGGAGCCCAUCACAGCCAGCCUGGCCGUCGACGGCUCGCAUUACUGGAGCAAGAACUGGGCCAAAGCCGCCGCUUAUGUCACCUCCCCGGCUCUGAGUCCCGACCCGACGACCCCGGACCACCUAAACACGCUUCUGGCCAGUGGCGACCUGCAGGUGGUGGGCAGCGCUCACUGCGCUUACAGCACCUCACAGAAGGCCAUCGGGAAGGACGACUUCACCUUAAUCCCGGAGGGCACCAACGGAGUGGAGGAGAGGAUGAGCUUCGUUUGGGACAAGGCCGUGGCCUUGGGCAAGAUGGACGAGAACCAGUUUGUGGCCGUCACGUCGACCAACGCCGCCAAACUCUUCAACGUGUACCCGCGUAAAGGCCGGAUCGCGGCGGGCUCCGAUGCGGACGUGGUCAUCUGGGACCCCGACGCCGCCAGGACCGUCACGUCCAAACUGCAGCAGUCGGCGUCGGAAUAUAACAUCUUUGAGGGUCUGGAGUGUCGCGGGGCCCCGGCGCUGGUGUUGAGUCAGGGUCGGGUGGCGUACGAGGAGGGAACGCUUCAAGUGGAGCAGGGCGUCGGACGCUUCAUCCCCCGCAAGCCCUUCCCGGACUUCGCUUACCAACGCUUCAAGUUCAGGGACCAGAUGAAGGACAAAGGGGUGACACGAGGGAUGUAUGACGGGCCCGUGUACGACGCGGUGGCCACCCCGAAAUACAUCACCCCUUCCCCUUCGGCCAAAACGUCGCCGACCACGCAGCAGCCUCCGCCCGUGCGCAACCUCCACCAGUCCAACUUCAGCCUUUCAGGUGCUCAGAUCGAUGACUGCGUCCCUCGCCGGUCCGGCCAUCGUAUUGUAGCGCCCCCUGGUGGUCGCUCCAACAUUACCAGCCUCGGUUGAGCACCCGCACACUUCAUUUUCUCUCUUUUUUUUUUGUCAGGGUUUCAUAUGAGAAUUGUGGGCAUGUGUGGCGUUUCCUUUUUUGUUGUUGUUGUUGUCGUUUUAUUUGCAGCCAAGUCGGCACGCACAUUUGUCACCGUGACGAUCUGCCCCGUCAGCGCACGCUUGUGAAGAAUGAAAACGCACCGAAUAUUAUUGUGAGUCACAAUCAGUGAAGUCUUUUGAAACUCAAUGUGCACGAAAUUCCCGGAUUAGGGAUGGCGGAGCCGUUUCCCUUUGAAUAGCACAACUUUGGUGUUUGCCCACACGAUGGCGCCGUUGCUACAGUAGCCGCAUCACCCUGCACGCACGUACGCAUUGGAGUCGAUAAUGACUUUCAUCUUGAUCCUUUUUGCAUGAACGUCCCUUUAAAUGUGACACUAUGCUUGCGCACUAUUCUAUUCAGGUUAUGUUCAUAAGCUCUGAGCGCUCGUUGAUGUUCAUUAAAGAAAAACCAAGACUAUUAUUAAUUUCAUCGGAACAGGCUUCCUGCAAAGUGCAACGUUGAACAAGGCGGGAAGCAAUUGCAAUAAUUCAAACGAUCAUCACGACAUUUUCGAGUCACGCAGUAAAUAAAGAAUUGAUGAGUGUUUUAGUUUGACGACAAUCAUUCAUGCCAAAAAUCCAUUUUAUUAUUAGACCCGUUGCAACAUUUUGAAAUGAAACAUCUCGUCAGGCUGUUUUGUUUUUUUUUUCUUUUAGAAUUCCUCAUUUGUUGUUCUUGUUGAUGUUGCUGUGGCUGGUAAAGCAUAUUUCAUGUUUUUUCUAAUGCCACUUUUUUUUUGCUGUUGUCUGAGCCACUGAUGAUCAUCAAUAAAGACUGUUGACAAAAUGGGGAGUCUGAACACUUUUGAUGCAAGUUUAUUAUAUAGUUAUAAAGCAAUUCAAAUCCGUACCUCUCAGACUGUUGAUCAAAAGUGUUCCAAGAGCUGAUUGUGCGAGUUUUAUAAUGUUUCGGCCAGUUAUGACAUCAUCACUAAUUGAUAUUGUCAUUUUAAAGCCCGUUGGAAUCUGGCCGGCAUACGAUUCGAAUCGAAUCACAUGAGACACGUACUUGUUCUUGUCAUAUUUUUCCUCCUCGAGUACGUGCGGCGGUUGAUCCUGUCACGUCGAAAGAACUUCACGCGAGGUCACCAAAACAGCCAAGGCCAGAGGAGACGUUCAAGCGCAAAACCACCUGAGCGGGAUGCGAAACUGCGAUGUGAUCCGAUUGCCAAAAUUCAAACUCUAUUUUCAAUUUCAGGAGCACUCGUGGCGUGGUCUUCGGACUUCAGGACUUGGGGGAACAGAAGUGCCGGCUUUCAUUUACGACGACGAUAAUGUCACGUCGUUAUCCAAGACGCUGUUCCUCACAAGGGUUGCGGGAAAGCUGGAGCCUAUCCCAGCUAGCUUCGGGCGAAAGGCGGCAUACACCCUGAACUGGUCGCCAGUCGGUCACAGGGCAGGUAUCGAUCCCACGCUGCCAGCACCAAAAGGCAGACGGCUGACGAUAAUGCUCAUUUUUAUUGCUGCAGAAAUUUCACGGCGCGAGUAAUGUGCGGCGCACGCUUUCAUCUCUUGCGCUUUGUUAUCAGCUUGUAAUGAUCCACUUGAGCGUUUUCCAGAAGUCUGUAAUCAGCGACGCCACAUCUGUAUUCCAACUCGAUACCGCGCGCCUCCGCACAAAACAGCUAAUUUACUCCGCCUAAUUGUGAGGUUUUAUCUGGCAGACGUUCAUUUCUCUCUUUCUUUCUUUUUCUCCCCCCCCCCUUUCCAGCGACUUCUUCCGAGAUCGGUCGUGUUUCAUUUGCACACCCGAGGUGAGAGUCGUGCCGUAAAAGCGUCACGUGCGGCGGAUUAUUGGCUAGUCGCAGUCAUUUGCUGUUACUUGAGAGGUGAUAAAAAAAAGAAAAUAUGAAAAAAGGAUGACUUCAUUCACGUCCACUUUAAGCAUCUGUUCCUUUGCUGUGUUGUUGAAGGGCAAUAAAAUCAUUCACGGGUGGUCUAAAAGGGAUCUAAAUGGUUUAUAAUCUGAAAUAAAUGAACCUUUCCAAAUGAUUCUUGUAGGCUGUUGUGCUGCAGCCCAACAUUGAGAGCUGUUUUUAAUAUUUUCUUUCCAGUACUUCACCCCGCCGCGAGUGAGGAAGGGGAGGAAAAAAAAAAAAAAAUCCUCGUUAGGCUUCCCGAAGAGAAAAAUGUCUGCAGCUAGCGUCACCUUUGAUGCGCGGGCCAUCUGCGCUGGGACUCGACCAAAGCGAUGUCAUUCCAAGUUUGCGAUGCAGAGAAAACGCAAAGUCUGCGUCUUGAAAGGAUACCAACGGGGAAGCGAGUGGCGCAACUGCGUGCAAGUGUGCCGUAAGAAUGCCGAUAUUUUGUCAUUCCUUGAGAGCCGCCCGCCACCCAGCUGUUUAGGAGGGAAAUGCCAUUUGGGCAAUUUACGGAGCCAGCUGUGCUGUUGGCGGCCAAAGUCCCUCG